AUGUCGGUCAUCCACCAUUUGCACAAUCAAAACAUCUUCAUUAAAAAGACUCAAAGCGAGACGUGCGUGUCUUCGAUAUUUGAGAUUUUGUUGAUGAAGUAUCGGGGGUGUCGCGGUAUAGCACUUCAAGAGACGUACAUUAAAAUAAUUGUGAUGGAAUACACCGACAUUUUAGUGAAACUGUUACCGAGCGGAGAGUUACAAAAGGCUUCAAAAAGGUGUUACAACAAAGCACUGAAGAGAUCGACGAGUUCUUUUAUAAAUACGACCAAGACAUUCAAAGCGUGUUUUGGAAGGAUAUUCCACAUUCAACAAGAAGCUCAUAUGAAUGAAGUUCUGGCUCAUGUGAAGCGUCGCACUAAAGAGAAGAAUGAUCGAGAAGAACUAGAAGAAAAACUGGAAAAGAAGAGCGAAAUAGUUCGACGUCGUGAGAAAGCAAUAACGAUGUAUUUGAGAGAACAAAAAGACGAGAAAGCACAAGAGGAAAUUGACAAAGGUAAAAUUUAA